CCGACCAAGGGAGAGAUGGGAUUGAAAAAUGGGGGAGCAGUGACAAGUUUGCCAUGUAGCAUAACAGAUUAUUUGGGUUUUGUUGUUUAUAGUGUGAUGUAAGUGAAUGGCAAAACACCAGUGAUCGCGAAAAAGAGCUUUGGCCUCAGAUGAAGAAUGGAGAGUCUUGGUCUACAGGCCGUGGCACUUACCGACGGCUCCACCGCUUACAUCCAGCAGGCCAUCAAAGAUGGGAGUCUGGUAGAAGGGGACACCGUGCAGUUGGAGGAUGGAACCACUGCAUACAUCCAGCAGGUCACAGUUCAGCAGAAAGAGCCCUUGCCCUUUGAAGACGGCCAGGCAGUUCAGCUGGAGGAUGGGACCACAGCCUAUAUUCACCACACACCAAAAGAUGGUUACGACCCCAACGCAGUGGAGGCAGUGCAGCUGGAGGAUGGGAGUACGGCCUACAUCCACCACCCAUCAGGGCUGCCUGCAGGGAGCACCAUUCUCACUGUACAGCCAGGGGGCGCUCUAGACCAACUGGCUGGGGAGGGCCCAGUUGAAAAUGACACCAUCUCAACACUGGAGCAGUACGCCAAGAUGGUGGAGUCAGAGGCUGACAUGGAGGCCAUCAGCACCAACGGGCUGCAGAAGAUGGACUCCAGAAUCCAGCAUGCGACUGUGCAGGUGAUGUUUGAGGGGAAGCCUUGGGGCUCUUCCAAGGCCUCUCAGGUGGUGGAGAAAACUUUCCAGUGCAACUACGAGGGCUGUGGGCGCCAGUACACCACCGCACAUCAUCUGAAGGUGCACGAGCGCUCCCACACCGGGGACCGGCCGUACCGCUGUGACGUGCUAUCCUGUGGGAAGGCCUUCGCCACCGGGUAUGGGCUGAAGAGCCACCUGCGCACACACACGGGGGAGAAGCCCUACAAGUGUCCUGAGGACAUGUGCUACAAGGCCUUCAAGACGUCAGGGGACCUGCAGAAGCACGUCCGCACACACACGGGUGAGAAGCCCUUUAAAUGUCCAUUUGAGGGCUGCGGGCGCUCCUUCACCACCUCCAACAUCCGCAAGGUGCACAUCCGCACCCACACCGGCGAGAGGCCGUACAUGUGCACGGAGCAGAGCUGUGGCAGGGGCUUCGCCAGCGCCACCAACUACAAGAACCACAUGAGGAUCCACACAGGGGAGAAGCCGUACGUGUGCACGGUGCCCGGCUGUGGGAAGUGCUUCACCGAGUACUCCAGCCUGUACAAGCACCACGUGGUGCACACGCACUGCAAGCCCUACACCUGCAACCACUGCGGCAAGACCUACCGGCAGACCUCCACCCUGGCCAUGCACAAGCGCACCACGCACGGAGACUUCGAGGCCGCCGAGGAGGGCGAGCCUGUCGCGGCCGAGGAACUGGAGUCGCUGGAGCCUCCCCAGAAACGCUCCAGAGUGGCCUACCUGUCGGGGGCGGAGCCCAAGGAGGAGGACAGCCACGUCACCAUGGUGACGGAGGACACCAUCGGCUCCCAGGUGGCCCUGAUCACGCAGGAUCAGCCCCAGCCGCCGGGCAGACCGAGGGUCAGCCUGUCCCACGAGGAGCUGCAGGUGCUGGGCACGGCCAUCACCAUGGUGACGCAGGACGGCACCACCAUCACCGUGCCCGCCCAGCAGGAGGACAUGGACGUGGGGGAGCACACAGUCCACAUGAUCACAGGGGACGGCAAGGAGCUGCAGCCAGUUGCCAUAGUAUCGUCAGAUAGCCUUAUGACUGGAUCCUCACAAAUGUCCAGCCCUCAUUACCAGCAGGUGGCGCUGUUAGCCACGGCUAACGGCACUCAGAUUGCUGUCCAGUUGGAGGACCAGCAGACUCUGGAGGAGGCCAUCAGCAUGGCCACUGCAGCCAUCCAGCAGGGGGGGCUUCCCCAGGACGGGGUCUCCUCUGAGGCAGGGUGCUGACGGAGCCCCAUACAGCGCCCCCUGGAUCUCAUCAACUACUGACUGGACCCCCAGGAUGGACACAUCCACCCAGCACUUCUACUGACUGGACCCCCAGGAUGGACACAUCCACCCAGCGCUUCUACUGACUGGACCCCCAGGGUGGACACAUCCACCCAGCGCUUCUACUGACUGGACCCCCAGGGUGGACACAUCCACCCAGCGCUUCUACUGACCGGACCCCCAGGAUGGACACAUCCACCCAGCGCUUCUACUGACUGGACCCCCAGGGUGGACACAUCCACCCAGCACUUCUGACUGUCCCUCUGCUGCUUUAGCAACACCCAUCAGACCUGUGCGGUCACUGUGGUCCGGGCAGCCUGGAGAUAUCCCAACCGGGUCUCUCCCUCGGUCCACAGAGGGAGCGGAGCCAGGCUUCUUCUGUGUGCUGCUACAAUAUGCAUAGUUCUGUGACCAGAGAUGCAUAGGAAGACAAGAGGGCAGACUACUGUUGUUUUGUUUUUGCAACAGAGCACUGGGUGUUGUGUGUGUGAGAGAGAGUGUGCGUGCAUUUCUAUAGGGUGAGUGAUGUAAUGAAUUCCUUAUUUCUUUGAAGGAUAGCGAUUAAAUGCAAGAAGGCAAAUCCAACUCGUUUUCAGGUCAGACGAGGAACUGUGGAAUUAAAUUGGAAGAGUGGGUUUUGUUCUGAGAGCAUGAAUAUCCGCAGUGACACAAGGCAAUAUUAAUCAUAACUUGUAAUGUAUCAUUCAAUGAUGAUUAGGGCUAACGGAUAACGUAUUGCUAGUGUACAGUUCUGCACCUGAAGUGUUCAAUAUAGUUCAACCGGUUUGAAGUCUUUUUAUAUUUGGUUCUAGUGCUUUUUGGACUGGAGUGGUUUUGAUAAAUGCCUUUAAGAUAAUUAAUUUGGUCAAGUAAUUAAGAUCUCAGGUUCUGGUUCUGUUAUCACGUCAUGCCACCGGUGCCCAAACGUCUGUAGCAAGAGGGCUAAAAUGCCCAAAAUAAUUAGAUACAUUUUCUUUGUUAAUGGUCUAAUUAAAGAAUAUUCUGAAGACCAUGUGACCCUGGAAAAAAGUGACUAGUUAUUUGCCUCUGAGCAGAGCAUCGUUGCAGACCGCUACUUCACUCUGAACAGUUGCAAUAGAGUGCAGGCAGGCAGACUGCAUGAGAAAGGCCUGUCCGUCUGCAGCCAGGUUUGCAGAUGAAGAGUUGACUGGUUGAGGACUGAAUGAGCAGGUCCGUUCAGCCUCCUGGCACGCAUAUGGAGUCCAAACCCCUGUGGCCGGGGUGCUGUUGUGGUGACAAACCCUUUUAGAGAUGGGGAUAGGAGCGGCCAUUGGACAGGUGGAUGCGAUCGUAAAACACGUCGCGCUUUGUAAGGUUUAGCCACGAGCGGGAUUAAAAUGUACAUCCUAGCAUUUUAAGUUAAUGUAGAAGAACCAGCAAGGCUGAAAAGUGUUACAUUUUCCAAUUAAAAUAAAUCUGCAUUCAGUGUACGUCCGUCAGUAAACGAGGUCUCUCUGCCACUGGCAUUGCCUUUUCUCAGGAAGCAGUGUAUUUUUUCACAGCCACUGUUCUCGUUCUUGCCUGGCAGUGCUCAAUAAACUUGUUUUUUUAAUACAA